AACAAAUAUAUAUAUAUUUACAAGAUAACAAAUGACAAACAUGGCGGCUUGGAUUCCUAAAGUCAUUCGUACGAUAAAAAAUCAAAAUAUAUAUUCUGCCAGUUAUGCGAUACAAAAUAAUUACUCAUCAGAACCAAGAAUUAUUAAAAAUCCUACUACAGCCAGCUUAAAAAGAGGUACUGGUGGUCGUAGCUCAUUUAAUGGCAUAGUUUGCACAGUAUUUGGAUGUAGUGGUUUUAUUGGAUCUUCAUUAUGUAUUAGAUUAGGAAAAAUUGGAACUCAGCUUAUUCUUCCACAUAGAUGCGAUCAUUAUCAUAUUCGAGAAUUAAAAGUGGGUGGAGAUCUUGGACAAGUUCUUUACCAUCCAUUUGAUCUUAGAGAUGAGGAAUCCAUAAUCAGAACUAUAAAAUAUUCUAAUGUUGUUAUUAACUUAAUUGGUUCAAAUUAUGAGACAAGAAACUUCAGUUUUGAGGAUGUACAUGUAGAAGGAGCAAGAACAUUAGCCAAACUUGCUAAGCAAUGUAAUGUGGAACGUUUCAUUCAUAUGUCAUGUUUGAAUGUAGAAGAAAAACCUACACCAAUUAUAUUGAAAGAAAGUUCAAAGAUAUUAAAAACAAAAUGGAAAGGGGAACUUGCUGUGAAAGAAGAAUUUCCAGAAGCUACUAUAAUUCGACCAUCAGUUAUAUAUGGACACAAGGAUAAAUUUAUAAGUCAUUAUAUGGAUCAGAACAGACUAAACUUUAAUAAAUUAUCUUUAUGGGAUAAAGGAGAAAAAACUGAGAAACAACCAGUAUCUAUUCAUGAUGUAAUUUCAGGUAUUGUAGCAAUCAUAAGAAAUUCUGAUACUGCCGGAAAAACUUACCAAUUUGUUGGACCAAAACGGUACAAAUUAAACGAGUUAAUUAAAUGGAUGUUGGAUAUAAAAUUCAAAUAUUUUGAAAACAACAUAAAGAUAGUUGACAUGAAAUAUAAUCUAUAUACUUGGUUAAAAACUUCUUUUAGAGAAUAUCUAUAUGCAAUAUAUCCUACAACAGACAUGUUAUGGGAAGUAUUAGAAUGUCAUCAUAUCAGUGAUAAGAUAGAUUCUGCUUUACCAACUUUGGAAGAUUUAGGAAUAACACCAAUUGAUUUACAAACUCGAAUAGAAUGGGAAAUUAUUCCAUAUCUACAAUAUAAGAUGGAAAUAGAAAAUUUACAAAGAAUAAUCCCACCUAAUGUGAAGUCUAUACCAAAAUGAAGUAUACAUUUAUAGUUUAUAAAAAAUUAAUUUUGUGAUUUAAAUAAAGAGCAAAUAUAAAAUUAUU